AUGAGUCCGAAGGAUUCUCUACCCAGGAAAAAGUCCUGCAAUCAUUGCUACAGAUCGAAAGUGCGGUGUGACCUCAAGAGACCGUCUUGCACGAGGUGUCGCAAUCGAAGCCUGGAUUGCACCUACGUUGAUGCAGGGCUUGUCGACCACAUCGCUGUCCUUCAGCCUUCACCAACCACCACCGAUGGAGCCGGACUCUCGCCUCAACUUGCCGCAGAUCUGAUCAGCACCGACUCGCUGGAUUUCGAAAACAUCCAUCUGAUAUGCACAGUGGAUGAACACAAAAUCCGCGGCCGCUGGCUGGAGAGCCUCCUACCUUCCAUGGAUCAGAGGCCGAAGCCUUAUCAUGCGUCUACGAUGGCGUUCGUCACGCGCAUCUUCAAGUCAUAUCCUAAAAUGUUUCUGACCGACAAUCUUCCUCCUUUCAUUCACUGGUCUCAAAUUGCGUAUGGCAUUGCUGAGCCGUUAGCAGAUUGCGUGAAAAUAGCACGCAUGUGGGUGGGACAGACCCCUGAAAGCGCAGCCACGGUCCAAGAAAUCAUCGGACAGGAAAUGUCGCGGGUCUAUCUUCUCUACGCCAUCAUGCUCUUCUCCUCGGCCAAUGCUGCGAGCUUGGUAGAACAAGAUAUCAUGAUCAAACUCCAAGACUUAGCAGGUGACGUCGCAAGUAGAGGGACCCUUUGUCCUGCCGAGACAAAUGGCAGUCGACCCGACUGGGAAUCGUGGAUUGUCGCUUCCACGAAAAGAAGGACACUAUUCGCUACCUGUUUACUUGACAACCUGGUCAACUUCACCGUGGGCACUCCAUCUUUUGUUGCUGUAGAGCUUGCAGGCCUCCCAGCUCCGGCGAGCAAAACUCUCUGGAAUGCGCGCGAUCGUCGAUCGUGGAAUACAGCUUAUAACCAGCAGCUGGGCCUCUGGAGCGAUGGCGAGCUUCUCAUCAAUGAUCUCUGGCCAUAUCCUGGACCAGAUCCAGCACAGGUGCGACAGAGAAAGAUAGAUGAUUGGCUGGCAUCCGUGGACGAAUUUGGUAUGAUGGUAUAUGCCGUGACCUCUCAUACAUACAGUGAGACUUGA